CCGCUGCCCCGCCAUCCGCUCCCCGCACGCAGGUCCGCGGGGAGGGGCAGCCUGCCCAAGGGCCCACCCCGGGGCGUUCCUGAAAGGCGCCCUCCACCGCCCCCACAACCCCCCAGAUGUACUAUGCAGUUUCCCAGGCGCGCGUGAACGCGGCCCCCGCGACCAUGCUGCGGCCACAGAGACCCGGAGACGUGCAGCUCGGAGCCUCCCUGUACGAGCUGGUAGGCUACCGGCAGCAUCCCUCCUCCUCCGCCUCCUCCUCCACGACGACCCCCCUCCUCCCCAAGGCAGCGCGCGAGAAGCCCGAGGCGCCCGCGGAACCGCCGGGCGCGGGGGCAGGACCCGGUGCGCACGCGGGCAGUGGCUCCAGGUCGGAAGCCAAAGAAGAGCAGCAGCAGCAGCUGCGACGCAAGAUCAACAGCCGCGAGCGGAAGCGCAUGCAGGACCUGAACCUGGCCAUGGACGCGCUGCGCGAGGUCAUCCUGCCUUACUCAGCGGCGCACUGCCAGGGCGCGCCGGGCCGCAAGCUCUCCAAGAUCGCCACGCUGCUGCUCGCUCGCAACUACAUCCUGCUACUGGGCAGCUCGCUGCAGGAGCUGCGCCGCGCGCUGGGCGAGGGCGCCGGGCCCGCCGCGCCGCGCCUGUUGCUGGCCGGCUUGCCCCUCCUGGCCGCCGCGCCCGGCUCCGUGCUGCUGGCGCCCGGCGCCGUGGGGCCGCCCGACGCGCUGCGCCCAGCCAAGUACCUGUCGCUGGCGCUCGAGGAGCCUCCGUGCGGCCAGUUCUCUCUCCCCGGCGGCGGCGCGGGCGGCGGCCCGGGCGGCCCCGGCCUCUGCACCUGCGCUGUCUGCAAGUUCCCGCACCUGGUCCCGGCCGGCCUGGGCCUGGCCGCCGUUCAAGCGCAGUUCUCCAAGUGAGGGCCGGCCCUGGCGGUUGGCGCGACCUCCGCCCGGCCUCUCGCCCCCGCGCCCCCGCGCCCUGCGCCCCGGGAGAGUGGGGCCCAGCAAGGAGCGCAUUUCGAACCUUUUCGCCCAGAGGAAGGGACUAUCGGGCGCUCCCUUCCCUGCCCCCACCCUGGGGGAAUUAGCGUGACCUGAGCGGAUGUUCCACGGAGCGUCGGCGUCGUAGGCGUUCUGGGUGGAUUCCAGCUGCUUUGGGCAGCAAGGGUGCGGCUUCACCCCCAAUGUCACCCAGCACCUUUCUCUCCCGGUCCCAGGAGUUGUGCGCUUCGCGUGGGUGGUGUGGAUUUAACCGCGCGGUGCUCGCCCCGGGUGCGGCGGGAGGCCAGCUGCGAGAGCCCCUGCUCACAGAGGCAACAUGUGCCGAGCCAGGGGACCAAAGGGCUGCUCUCAGAGGGCGGGGGGAGGAAUUCUUUUCCUUCUCGCUCGUCAGAGGGCAUCCUUGUCCCCACCACCGAAGCUCAAAGGAGGCCGCCUGACCUCAGGAAGCCGAGAAAGGCCAGUUAGUCGGUGCAGAGUGUCCAAGCGUAGCAGAUGGACUGACCCUCGCCAGCCCGACGGGUGACAUCGCGGUUCCGCGGGAGGGAGCAAUGACAACUCCAGGGUCGCUGGGUAUGCUGCUUUGGGAAGUGAGUCCGCUUUGGUACCCCGGCUGUUAAGAGUGCAAUUUUUGAGAAUCACAUAACCAGGUGUUUUGGUGCAGAAAUCAUUUGCUCCUAAAAGCUGGGGUCUUCCUAGAAGGACAGUUUAGAACUCGAGACUCACCGUUUUGUGCCCCCUGCCCCAAAGGUAGCGUAACCAACGUUUGAGCUUGCUUCAGAAGAAAAACCAACUGCCUUUCACGCAGACCGCGUUCCCGGUUUACUAAAAAUAGUUAACUGGGUAUUUCGCAGUCGCCGUCAAGUCAGAAAGUACGAUCGCUAAUUAACGUUCUGUCUCAUUAAAAGACAAGGAGGGGGGCCUGAGUCCCAAACCGCGCGCGGCUCGACGGGUCCCCGCUGCGGUGGCGACGGCAGGAUGUUUUUCUGCGCUGUCCCUUCGCCUGCGGGGUCUUCGAUCAGAGCGCCCGCCUGGCAAGUCUUCUCGCCGCUUUGCGACUGGAGAACUACAUAGGUGACCGGUCUUGAUGUGUUACAGACGUUAACAAAUUACUUCACCGGUGAUUAUUUUAUGAUCUUUCAGCAGCUUGCUUUGAAUUUUAUGUUUAAAGUUUUUGGUUGUUGGUAGUUGCCGAAUUUAACUGGCAUUUUAUUUUGUCUCUAACUUUGUUUCGUUGCUCCGUGAAGAAUCAACAAAAUAAAACAUUUAAAGACCUUA